AAACAAGGCAACCCCUAAAUAAACCCCACCAUACGCCUUGCUUCCCUUGAUUGCAUUUGCAUGUCCCCUCCCAUUUUCCUCCUCUCUCUCUCUCUCUCUAACUCCCACCAACAUUCAUAGGAGGAUAAGAAUCGAAGAUUGCCCCUCUGCGAUACCCAUAUAGCAACCAGAGAUUUGCAAAGAGAAAAUAUCAGGAGAAGAACUAAGAGAUUCUUUAUUUACUACUCUCUCAUGGCUGUUGAAGCUCGCCAUCUCAAUCUCUUCCAUCCUCAACUAAUAGGAGGAAACAGAGAAUUCGUGAAUCCCAUUGAAGGAAUGGGAGAUGAAACGUUGAGUAUGUACAACGCUCAUAUGGGAUACGGAGUGCCAUUAUCGGGAACUACCACCGCCGAGACUCUCCUUCCGGCUUACAAUUCUGUAAUCGUGGAUUCGGUUUCCCCCAAGACGGCCUCCGUCGCAAUGAAGUCCGAUAGCGGCCUUACUUAUCACCUUCCCCUGCCAAGAAAGCGCUCUAGAGAAUGUAUGAAUCCGUACGUCUCCUACCCCUGUCCCCCAACUUCCAAGUCUUCUUGCGGAUCUUUCUCCUUUCUUGGAGAAGACAUCUCUCUCCAGAUCCACCACCAGCAACUCGACAUCGACCGCCUCAUUUCCCAACACUUGGAGAAGGUGAGGUCGGAAGUAGAGGAAAGAAGGAAGAGGCAAGCGAGGAGGAUAAUAGAGGCGAUCGAAGUGGGCGUGAUGAAGAGGCUGAAAGCGAAGGAGGAAGAGAUCGAGAAGAUGGGGAAGUUGAAUUGGGCGCUAGAAGAAAGAGUGAAAUCGUUGUGUAUAGAGAAUCAGUUAUGGCGCGACAUGGCACAGACGAACGAAGCCGCCGUGAAUGCCCUGAGGAGCAAUCUGGAAGCAGUGCUGUGCCAAGAGCAGAACAACCACGGGGCGG